UUCACUGCUGAUUGUAUAGGUCAAAAUCAUGCCCGAAGUUUAUUCGUACAUGUAGAUUUCAACAGCUCUAAAUGCAGAUUUACGUAAUUAUGACAAUAAUGAUUAGAAGUGAAAUGUGUGUUGGGGAUUAUCUAUAAUUAGAUUUGGAUGCCCCCUGUUCCCUCAGUGUCAGGACACACCACCCAGUAUUGAUUUUUGCAGAUCUCCCAGUAAUUGUGAAAUAUACAUAGCUACAUGGAUUUGUCGACCACUAACGAGCGGGGAAUGCUGGCUGUCAUUAAACAUGCCAUAAUAAUAACAUGGAGACUUUGUAAUGUUUCAGAUUCAAUGACUGUUAUAUAAAGAUGUGAGAUUGGACUGUCUGGGGCCAAGAUGUCACCUACAGGAGUCUGUGUGUUUCUGCUGUGGUUGGUUUUGCUGGUUUCCUCGACCACAGAUUAGACAAAUUAUGAUGCGUUACAUUGUUGGCAACUAGACCAAGGUUCCUUUUCUUACAUACCUGAAACAGCCGUACCAGAAAGUAUGGCAUUAGUGUGUGAAAACAGUCUCCUGCAACUCAACUGUGAAAAGAAAAACGGAAUCAUCCGCAUCUCACGUGCAAACUACGGGCGAUUUAGUCUUGGAUCUUGUAAUAAUCAUGGUGCAUCCAUGGAAUGGAAUGUGAAAUGUAUCCAUCCAGAAUCCAAGAGGAUCGUGGCAGAGAGAUGUGAUGGCCGCACCAAAUGUACGGUCACUGCUUCCAAUGAGGUGUUUGGAGACCCUUGUAAGGGUACCUAUAAAUACCUACAGGUGUACUAUAAAUGUCAACCCACAGCACAAACACCAUCACCUUCACCCACCACUCCAAUGCCCACCACGGCUACCACUGUAACCACAACCACUACUACCACUAAAGCCACCACCACCGCCGCUCCACAGCGACAGGUCUGUGAUGCCAUAUAUCAUAAGGGAAGGACUUGGCCGUACACCAGAGAGGGGGAUGUGGCAAGUAUGAACUGCCUCCCCCCGAGGAUUGGUCGUAUCACCUGGAAGUGUACAGGGUCAGGCUGGCAGGGGAAGAGGCCAGACGACUCAAAAUGUCAACUACCUGUCACAGAUGCUCCCAACAAAAAGACAACUAUGAGGAUACCACAAUUCUGUCCCCAGACGGAGAGCCUAGGUGUGAUUUGGAAACAAGUAGAAGUAGGUCAAGAACUCGAGAGGCCGUGCCCAGAUGAUAAAUUGGGGAUGAUGUCCUGGAAAUGUACGAGGACCGGGUGGCGGGGUAGACGCCCUGACACCAGUAACUGUGUGUCGCCCUGGUUGGACAAAAUCGAUAGUGAGGUGAUUUCCAGUUCCAGUGACAUUGCAGAGAUUGCUGAUGAGUUAAAACAGGAGACAGGGGCUCGCAGUUUGGGAGCUGGUGACCUGAAAAAGAUGAAUGGCAUCAUUACCAAAAUGGGACAGGGCUUUAAAAUCCCAAGUACGUUCAACAAGAAGGAGAAAAGACAAAAAUUGGAAAAAUUUACUAAGGAUAUUGCCAAGACGGGAAGUAAUAUUUUGUCAGAAAAACAGUCCACUUCAUGGGAGGAGCUUCCAGACGACAAUAAAACCCAAGUUGCUGCUUCCUUCCUUGUUUCCAUGGAAACCACAGGUUUCCACAUCGCAGACAACAUGGAGGAAGAAGAAUCUAUUGUUUCAUCCAAUGAGAAUCUGUUUAUGGAGGUGUCAGCUGUCAAGGUCACUAAGGACCAGCCAGCCAUGACCUACCCCUCAUUCAAGGACCAGAAAUGGCAAGAUGACCAGAUCACAAUCCCAAUGGAGAACAUAGAGGCCAUGUCUGAUGGAGGAAUCACCAAGGUUGUUGUCUUCGUUUACCAAAAUAUGGAUGAACUCAUGACAACAAAACAUAACACUUCCUACAUUAAUAGUAACAUCUUGUCGGCCUCCAUAAUGUCUCCUAAGUCAGCCAUACUCAAGAAACCAGUGACCUUCACCCUUAGAUUCACUCAGGGUCUCCAUGGCUCGCUAUCUCCGACCUGUGCUUAUUGGGAGUUCAGAGACAGUCUGUGGUCCACGUCCGGUUGUUGGAGGCUGACCUAUAACGAGACCCACACCACAUGUCAGUGCUCUCACCUCACCAAUUUCGCUGUGUUGAUGGACGUUACAGGAACACAGUUGUCACAGGAACAUGAGUUUGCCCUGAUGACCAUUACCUACUUUGGGUGUUUUAUUUCCAUCAUCUGCCUUCUCCUCAGCCUCAUCACAUUCUCCUACUUCAGGAAUCUACAAUGUGAUCGAAAUACAAUCCACAAAAACCUGGUGCUGUCCUUGAUGAUGGCGGAGAUUCUCUUUGUUAUUGGCAUAACCCUCACCCAGAACAGAAUUGUGUGCGGUAUUAUCGCAGGAGUCCUCCACUUCCUGUUUCUCUCAGCCUUCGCCUGGAUGUGCCUUGAGGGAUUCCAGAUAUACGUGAUGUUGAUUGAGGUGUUUGAGGGUGAGAGAAGUCGCAGGAAGUGGUACUACCUCUUUGGUUAUGGUGUUCCGCUAGUGGCUGUUGCCGUCACAGCUGGGAUCAAGCCCUCGGGAUAUGGAACUGAGAGACAUUGCUGGCUGGACGCUGGUUCUGCAGUGAUUUGGGGAUUUGUGGGCCCUGUCUUGGCUGUGAUCCUGUUUAACAUUGUCAUGUUGAGUAUUGCUGUCUACAUGAUGCACAAACAUGCCAACACAUUAGCUCUAGCCAAGGGAAGAUCCAAGUUUAGCAGUAGUAUUCUACACGAUUCCAACUCAGGGGCCAGUCAGAACACAGCAAUGACUGACGAGAAAGCUCACACGACACGACAAAUCCCGUCAUGGGUAAAGGGAGCAGCCAUUUUAGUGGUUCUGCUGGGGUUGACCUGGGGCUUCGGUAUUCUCUUCAUCAGUGAGGAAUCCGUCACGAUGGCUUACAUCUUCACCAUUCUCAACAGCUUCCAGGGAUUGUUCAUCUUCGUGUUCCACUGCCUUAUGAAUGAAAAGGUGAAGAAGGAGUACAAGAAGUUUGCAUACAAGUCAACCUGGCUGCCGGAGUGUGUGAGAGCCUAUUUCAUUGGCUAUACCAAUCCAUCAAAUUCACAUUCUCCCAACAACUCAUCCUCAUCUGGGGGUUAUCUUCUGAAAUUCUGGAGCGGUAGGAGACGACGAAAGUCCUCCUCUUCAACCCUCGAUAAAGCAUCCAAAGGUAAGAAGAGAAUCAGUGAACCACGCAGCGAUUCAUCAGUGUUCACCAGCCAUGACCUGAACACCCCCAUCAUCAGAAACUCGAAUAGUAAUGGUCGUUACCCACACCCUGAACCAAAUGGUCACAUCCCACCGUACCAUGAAUACGAGGCAGUCCUGGGAGAUCUGUCGGAGGUCAAUUGUUCCGUCAUAGACAGUGAGUAUGUGUCGGAGUACUGUCAGAAAGAACUGCAGGUUUCCAAGGAAAUCAAUGGCUACUCGUCCGAGUCUGACAGCGAGGAGCCACAGAGAGAUCAGGUGGAGAAGAACCGCCUGUCCAUCUUGUCCAAGGACUCUACAGAGAAAAACAGUGCCGAUUUCAACCUGUCCCACCAAAACAUGGCUGACUUUACGGAGACAGAACUCCUUCUGGAGAAAAGUGUGUCGGAAAAAAACUUACUGAACAAAUCAGUGAAUGAGAAAAGUCGCAUCAACUGUGACAGUUUGGGCAAAAAACUUUACCCAGGGUCUUUUUCUGAGAUCCAUGGAUACCUCUCCGAUGGGGAGGAGUUGAACCACAGCAUGCCACUGAUUCCUGUCUUGCCUCAUCCCCCAGAGAAUCUAACCCCUCAGACUGGCAGCAAGUGCAGUCUGCCCCAGCUGUACAUAGUGGAGGAAACUGGGGACAAGAACAAUAACUCUAGUGAAUGUUAGUGAUUGUUUCUCCACAAUUUAGCCUUUUGUCAUAUACUGGUGCUUAAUUCAUGCUUAGUAAGGGAAUACUUGCGUUGUAAUACGAUUAUUACAGUUUGUAUUUUUCGUAUGAAUAUUUUCCUUAUUCUUUGAUGUUAUCUUGAGUUACACCAGUACACAGUGUAUAUGUUACAUUUAGAAGCAUGCUCGAUGGCAGCUUAUGUUGUGUGUGCCAUAAUCCUGAUGACGGGGACGGUAUUAUAGGGAAAAUAUAUACAUGGUCCACAAAUUGAGGAAAUAUUGUCCGUGGAGGAUAUGAUUAAAUUAAAGAGGAAUCAUGACAGUGUCCCAGGCACAUAUGGUGUAGUUAAUUGUAUUGGAUAGUAUAUGGUAGGAGAUUUCUAAAGAAAGACAUUAAUGAAACUAAAUAAUUUAAUAUGCAGAGAAGGAUUUCGUGGCAUGAUUCAAUCAUAAUGGGGUCACAGACACAUUUAAUGUUGUUGGCUGUAUUGGUUACUUUCACUUUUGUAAUUGUAUUAAUUGUUAUUAAUUAGUUUCUCUUUUGUAAUCGUACUGUUGUUUGUAAAAACGUUUUGAGAGCUUCCCAAGAAUUUACCAAAGAAAAUAAAUUUGUUGGACAUUGGUUUGUUUCACAUAUGCCAAAGAAGGUUAGAAUGUUUUGGAUAAUUCUUUUAUAAGGGAGGACCAUCCUUAUGUACACAGUAUUCACUAAAUCAAUGGUUGUGACUUGUUUUUAUGUAUAUUCACGUUAUUUUAUAUGGAUUGUUUACCAUAGACAAUAUGUAAGUUUCUCUGUUGUUGAUAGAUUAUAACUGAUUGUUCGUAAAUAUAUUUGUGAUAAGAAUUUACAGAGGCGCUGAAUGCAAAGCCCAAAUUGAUGAUGUCCUCAGUCCGGUUACAUUUUUUAAUACCCCACCAAAUCAAAGUAAGUUAUCUAAGUUUUGAAGUUGAAAAACAUUCCAUAGCGCAGCUGAAUGGCGGUGUAAAUUAGCUAUAAUCAAGAAACGUUCAUUCUGGUCGUCGAUGUGCACAGAGUGAUGAGUAUUUAAAACUUUUUUUUCUGAUGUUGAUUUUAUGAAUUGUUAUAUUGAGUUUGAAACUGCUCUCCAAGUUUUCAACCAAAAGUCCGGUUUGUGUGACACAGCUUGUGCACUGGUAUGUUUUUAAUUAAGAAAGCUUUCAUGGAAUUGAUUUACUGACUGUAGCUCAAAACAAAGCGGACAAUCAGAAAUUGUUUUGUUUUAAUUAUGCUGUAUGCAGAGAUUUUGGCCUCUGGGUUUUUUUUUUCAAGCAUAUAAAACAAACCAUUUUAAUUGAUUCCAUUUUAAAUUUACCCAAAACAAUUUUAUUAGUUAGUGUAAAGAUGUUAUCUCGAUAUGUAUUUGGCUUCAAUGGCAGAAAAUGAAAGGGGAUGGUUUCCUUUAAACUGCAAUACAAAAUAGACCAUUAAAUGGGAACAGUCAAAGGUCACAGCAUUUAAAUGAACUGUUUAUCACGCUUUUUAAGAGAAUAUUAUUAGCAUUUAAGAAUUUCAUUUCAAAUUUAUGAGGGAAGCUUGGGUUGCUUCUCGAGAAAACGGGGUAAUACGUGCAAAUAUUUUUCCAAGUCCCAGGGGGUUCCAUGAUCGAUGGGUUCAGUAGUUAACCAUCACCCUCUUCUUAUUCUGCCACAUAAUAUCCUACGUCUUAAAAAAAUAUGUCGCAUUGUAUUGAUGAUCCUUUACACAUUUUGAAACUGACCAGAAUAUUGCAUUCCAUUUUUAUUGUUCCGAAUCUCAAUUUUCAAUUGCUCAGCCGAUUUGUAAACAUUCCAGAAUGUUCAUGUCGUAGACGUUUGAAACGUAAUACUAUCAAUUAAUUUUGGUCUCUCUGAGAACAUUGUUUAAGCAGAUUUCACAUUUUUUAUUGAUGUUUCAAGUAGGGCAAGGUUGUUAGUGUGUACAAGAUUACACUUUAGAAUUGCAUGUACAGAAUAAAUCGUGACUUUCAUUAUAGAAGUGCCUUUAAUCAUGUUAAUCAUUGCAUUGAUGUUUUAGUUCAAAAUAAAAAGAAUUCCACUAUAA